CCGAGGAUCGGACGGAGCACCUGGACCGAGUCGGUGGCCGCGCGCGUCAGACACCUGGCGAUCGUCGCUUGUGGCGCCUCUGCGAGUUAAGCAGUCUUCGUUUGUAUGUCGCGCUUUUCGUGAGAUAAAUGAAGCCAGCCUUGUCGGCGAUCAACGUGGACGUCUGUAUGAACGGGGCCUGACGACACGUCAGGACCCAUCCAGAGGAGCCGUCGGCGAUCAACAUGGACGUCUGUAUCGACGGAGCCUGGCGACACGUCAGGACCUAUCCAGAGGAGCCGUCGGCGAUCAACAUGGACGUCUGUAUCGACGGGGCCUGACGACACGUCAGGGCCUAUCCAGAGGAGCCGUCGGCGAUCAACAUGGACGUCUGUAUGGACGGGGCCUGACGACACGUCAGGACCUAUCCAGAGGAGCCGUCGGCGAUCAACAUGGACGUCUGUAUCGACGGGGCCUGACGACACGUCAGGGCCUAUCCAGAGGAGCCGUCGGCGAUCAACAUGGACGUCUGUAUGGACGGGGCCUGACGACACGUCAGGACCUAUCCAGAGGAGCCGUCGGCGCGGUCUGCAGUAGCGUCCGCCCAAGCACCGACCCAGGCGCUGAGCACCGAAGCUUGAGAGGGACCGUUACCGCCUCGCUGGUCGUUGGACACCGGUGCGCCGUCCAUAGUCGGGACACUGCCGUCCGGAUAACUGGAGCCAGAGCACGGGACCGUGCAGGCGGCCGGAGUCAGAACACACGACAGAGUACACGGCCAGAGCCAGAACACACGGCAAAGUACACGGCCAAAGCCAGAGCACACGGCCUCUCCCUUACCAGCUGUCCGUCCCUGUAUCUCGGUUGGUUAGGGCGCCUGCCUUCGGCUCCAGUCACCCGUGGUCCAACACGGUCCUCGAUGGCGGAGGUGCCGGAGGUGACCGGCUCCGUGGCGCCGCCGCCCGUCAGCCGCAUCAUCAAGGAGGGCUGGCUGUACAAGCGAGGCGAACACAUAAAAACCUGGCGGCCACGCUACUUCACCCUGUUCGACGACGGCAAGCUGCUCGGCUUCAAGAUGGCGCCGAACGCCGGCGACUUUAGCUCGCCGCUCAACGACUUCAACGUGCGCGACAGCCAGGUGAUGGUGUCGGACCGGCCAAAGCCGCACGCCUUCAGCAUCCGCGGCCUGCAGUUCAUGUCUGUGAUCGAGAGGAACUUCCAUGUCCAAUCGGACAAGGAGAGGGAUGAGUGGACCCAGGCCAUCUCGUACGUGAUCAACAAGCUGGCGGAGGAGGACCGGGGCGCGGCUGACGUCGAGAUGGGCCGGUUGGCCGAGGAGGACGACUUCUCGGCAAAGUUCAUGGCCAUGUCCACCACGCAGAGCAAACACUCAGGCAAAAAGAAAGUGACUCUCGACAACUUUGAGUUUCUCAAGGUGCUCGGCAAGGGGACGUUCGGCAAGGUGAUUCUGUGUCGAGAGAAGUGCACGGGCCACCUGUACGCCAUCAAAGUGCUCAGGAAGGACGUGAUCAUCGCCAAGGACGAGGUCACGCACACGCAGACGGAGAACCGAGUGCUGCAGCGCACAAGCCACCCCUUCCUCACGUCGCUGAAGUACUCGUUCCGCACGCCCGACCGACUCUGCUUCGUGCUGGAGUACGUGAACGGCGGCGAGCUGUUCUUCCACCUGAACAGGGAGCGCAAGUUCUCUGAGGAGCGGACGCGUUUCUACGGCGCCGAGAUCAUCUCGGCGCUUGCCUACAUGCACCGCAACGGCAUCAUCUACCGCGACAUCAAGCUCGAGAACCUGCUGCUAGACAAGGACGGACACGUGAAGAUCGCCGACUUCGGCCUGUGUAAGGAGAACAUUGUGGACGACACCACGACGAAAACCUUCUGCGGCACGCCCGAGUACCUGGCGCCCGAGGUGCUGGAAGACAACUUCUACGGUCGGGCCGUCGACUGGUGGGGCAUCGGCGUCGUCAUGUACGAGAUGAUGGUCGGCCGGCUACCCUUCUACAACCGAGACCACGACAAGCUGUUCGAGCUCAUCCUGGUGGAGCAGGUCCGGUUUCCGCUGGCGCUGAGCGACGUGGCCCAGUCGCUGCUGCAGGGCCUGCUACAGAAGGACCCGACCAGACGGUUGGGUGGCGGACCCCGGGACGCCGAGGAGAUCAAGGAGCACCCCUUCUUCUCUCCCAUUAACUGGGAAGAUCUGGAGGCCAAGAAGAUCACGCCGCCGUUCAAGCCGCAGGUGGAGAGCGAGACGGACACGCGUUACUUCGACUCCGAGUUCACCGGCGAGUCUGUGGAGCUGACGCCGCCGGAGAACGCGCCGCUGGACGCCAUCACCGAGGAGCCGGCCUCCUACUUCACCGCCUUCAGCUACCAGGACUCGCCGCGGUAGGCGGCGGCCGCGGCGCGCGCGCCCGCCCCGCCAGCCCUGUGAUAGUGCCCGACGGCGACGCGGCCGCGGCCGGCGCCGGCGCUGGCGCCAGCCUGCAGCUGACCAGAGCCUAAUAAUGGCGGCGGCCGGGCGGCCGAGUGUGCCGGGCCGCCCGGCCGGAUGCCGCGCCUCGCGCGUGGGCGUGCCGGCCCCCUCCGAGCUGUGCUGACGGGCGCGGCAGACUCGUGACGUUUUGUCGCGGCCGCCGCUAGUCGUCCCCCGGGUGCCGAGUUUUGUCGGUGCCGCGUCCGGAGCUUCCGAGGUCCCGUUCCGAUUGUUUUAGCAUAACGAUUGUUUUCGUUAUACCCUAAUCAUGGCGUUGUUUUAAUCCGUUGUUGGCCGCGCGCGACGGGCCGCUCUUCCCGCCCCUGCACGCGCACCGCACACCCACCCACACCCGCAAACGCAGCACAGAUGUGGCGCGGACACCGGGGUGACCGGACGCGCGCGUACGAGGCGACCGCCCGUCUCACACUGACGCAAGCGCACGUGUUGACAUUCGCCGACUGGGGAUUCACCUGGACAAGCGCGGACUCCGCGGCACUCAGCUUCAUGUGCACGGGCGCCGUCGGUGUCGGGUGCCGGUGCUUCGGACGCGAGGGGCGUCGCCCGCCGCGCUCAGGGUGUCGGCUGGUUUUGACGAUGGCGACGCGGUGUUUCGCUGCUGUGAGCUGUGGCAACGUUGCGCGUGGCCUGCCGCGAUGGUGGCGCCGCCUUUCGCCGUGCGGCAGAGUUGGACGGAUGAGGGAAUGAGAGUAAGGGAUGUGUGUUUGCGGGUUAGUCAGACGGUUUCAGUGUGUGAAAUGUUGGCGUAUACUUUCAGCUAAACUGUUGUCCUCCAUGCCAGUCAAAUAAACACAAUGGAAGCUGCGGUA